AAGACCCGGAAGCGCCAAUAAUUCAAGAUGUCGCAGCUCUGAAUUACAAGGAAUUGAAUUCCAACGGUUUUCUUAUUUUUGUCGAUGAAUAAAAACACAAAAUGCAAAAUUACGACAAGAAAGAAGUGGGCUCAGCGCCCGGAGCCGUGCCCGAUUUCAGAGGGAAUGACGGGUCUCUUGUCUCUGUGCUCAAGACUCUAUUGUUUUUCACUAUUCUGAUGAUAACUCUACCCAUCGGACUGUAUUUUACAUCAAAGUCACUUCUCUUUGAAGCCACUUUGGGCUACUCCAGCAAUGACAGCUACUUCUACGCUGCCAUCCUUGCUGUGCUUGCCGUCCAUGUGGUUCUGGCGCUCUUCGUUUAUGUGGCAUGGAAUGAAGGAUCCCGCCAAUGGAGAGAGGGAAAACAGGAUUAACCUUAAAACUGGAAGGGAGAUGGAAAAAACACACAAGAACCAGAAUAUCCCACUGGAAGCAUUUUGUAUGCGUGUUUUUAAUGUUCUCCUCCAUAACUCAGAUGGAAGAUGCCCCGAUUUCUCCAUCUCAUAGUAUGGCGGAGAGGAAGGCUGGAAGUUGCUUCGAGAGGUGUUAAUCUGUGUGUUUGUGCUGGGCUUAUGUAGGGCAGAAGAGAGGACGUGCUGUUUUUACGAAUGUUCAUUGUUCCUGAAGUGUUGUUUUUUUUUCUGCCCCAUUUCAGCCAUCUCCAAAUCAACAACCACAUUCACACCUUAGGAUUUCUGUAAGAUUUCCACGUCUUCCCUUGUGUUUUUUAUUACACAAACAUAGUGUGUAAGUAGUAUGUGUCAGUGUGAAGAUGAAUCAUCUGUGUUUGUUUUUGUGUCAAUUAAAGCUGUUCUCUGAAACAUUCAUUUUCUUCAUUCUUGCUGGAAAUUCAUGCCCUUGAUGCCCAAAGAGAAUUGCAUUUCUUUUAAGACUGUUUAUAAUUUAUAGAUCUUGACUGUUAGAUUGUUGUUCAGUUAAUAUCCUGUGUGGUGUUUAUUUUGGAUCAAUGUAGCCAAUAAAUCACUGUUUCAUCUGCCUUUGAAA